AGCUGUACUAUUUUUCUCAGCACCGGUCCUAUGGUAUGCCUUAUUUAGAGGUGACCAGGACAGUCCAAGGAGACUGGGAUUCGUGUGCUAGGCUGUUCUUGCACUCUGUGGUUAAAUGGUGUUGAUAAUGGACGACGGAGGAGGAUCUUCUUCUGUCAAACUUAACCAAGUUCAGCCAGAAAGUAACAUCAAGUCGGGGGCCGAGGAGCAUGACGAGUAUUUGGGAUCUUGUGACGCUGGAUAUGACGACGACGACGACGACGACUAUGAUGAUGUCUAUCAGGAAUUUGAGGAGUAUGAAGACUUCUCCGAGUUACCGGAUGGCAGGAGUAUCGCUUCGGACGACUCUUUCUAUCCGCCUGAUGACAACUUAGCCUACGUUAGAUCUCCGAGUCCGGAGAGUCCGGCACCUCUUACCUUUUUCCAAGCGUGUUGUAACAAUAACGCCAUAAUCGUCAAAAUCAUGAUACGACAAGGAGUGACUGAGGAAGAAGUCAAAGAGACAGAUAAGAACAAAAGGACGGGACUCAUCGUGGCCUGUUACCAAGGUUACGUGGACGUGGUCAUCGCCCUGGCUCAAUGCCCAUAUGUGGACAUAAACUGGCAGGACAACGAAGGGAACACGGCCCUCAUCACCGCUGCCCAAGCAGGACACGCCAUGAUCACCGGCUACCUGCUGAGCUACUUCCCGGGCCUGGACAUCGAGCGGCGCAACUGCCACGGCUUCACCGCCUUGAUGAAGGCCGCCAUGCAGGGGAGAUCGGCCUGCGUGCGCGCCCUGAUGCUGACAGGCGGAGACGUGGACGCGCGGGACUACGGGCGCAAGCUGACCUCGCGGGAGUGGGCGCAGUUCACGGGCCGGCACGAGACGGCCCGCCUGAUGCUGCGUCUGCUGGCCCAGCCGUGCGCCGAGCAGUUCUGCGACUCCUACCGGCCCGUCUGGCCGCCGCUGGCCCGCCUGGUGGCCGAGGCCCGCGAGCCGCGCGGCUGCGGCAGGAAGCUGUCGGAGAAGCUGUGCGGCGCCUUCUCCUUCACCCUCAGCCUGAAGACGGACCCGCAGGAGGACGGCGUGCUGGACCACAUGGUGCGCAUGACCACCGGGCUGGCCAGCCCCUUCGUGGCGGUGGCCUGCCGGACGGUGUGCCCCGGCAGCCCCCCCUGCGUGGGCAAGCGGCGGCCCGCCGUGCAGGAGAUCCUGCGGCGCCAGCGGGUGGAGCAGCUGAGGAGCGCCGGCGGCGAGCGCCUGGACGCCUACAAGCGGCUCUUCCAGAACUCCCGCGUGAUGCUGGUCCCCCGGCGGCGCGACCGGCGGGCCAGCCUGCAGCCGCAGGCCCUGCGGGAGGCGGCGGAGGCGGCGGCGGCUGCAGCCGCCGGCACGGCGCUGGCCCUGCGGCGGACCAGCCUGCUGCCGCUGCACAUGCUCCGGCGGAGCAGCGUGCGGCCCGGUGCGGUGGUGCCCAAGCUGCGCGUCUGCAAGGCCCCCCCGUCCACCUACCGGCCCGACAAGCCCGCCCGCAGGAAGAGCGGCGCCAAGGAGGCCUGCUUCCUCCAGGUCCCCAAGUGGAGGUACAAGGAGCUGAGGGACGAGAGGAGGAAGGCAGAGGAAGAGGAGAGGAAGAACCUGGAGAUGUUCUACAGGAGGAAGAGGUGAGGGCACACAGAGCCGGACACGCACGGGGAAACAGGAAGUGCACAAGGGACAGGAAGGGAUAAUCCCAUCAGCCUUUAGCGGUCUAUGAGAAACAGGAAGUGGUAGUAUUGGCAGCGUUCGCCAAUGCUGAGGAAACGGGAAAAAAACAGGCUCAACAGUAUUCAGCUGUGUAAGGGAAAUGGGAAGUGGUGACCUCAGCAGCUCUCAGCUAUGCACAGGAAACGGAGCGGGAUUAUCCCAUCGGCUGAUGGCCAUGUGCAACAAAGUGGAUGCGACAACCCCCUGAGCUUGUGCAGAGACUGUGAAAGCUGCCGAGCUGAGCCAUGGCUUUCUGCAAGAAUUUCAUGCAUUUAAUAUUUGAUAGGAAUUUAUUUUGCACAGGUAAUAGAGUGGAAAGAGACACAAGACGGUAAGAGUAGCAUCAGACACAAAAAGUCAGAACCAGAAACUUGAC